CUCUCUUCCUGUCCCCCCACCCCCCAGCCCUGAACCUACAGCUCUGGCUGCUCCUUGCCCCUCACAGAUUUGGGGGGAGCUACUCCAGAUCACCCUGGCCAUGCACCCCGGGGCUCCGUCAGCCUCUGGAAUCUCCGAGCCCGGCCCCCGGGAGCUGUAUGCCUUCGUGACUGGGGCAGCCGCCUAUGUGCUGCGCACCCUGCACCCCCGGCAGACCCAGCCCCCCAAAAGGAGGCCCAACCAUAGGAGGUUCCUUCACAACCAGAUCUGCAGGCAGUUUGCCAAGAUCGAAGCUGCCACCCAGCGCCUGGCCAUAUCCAUCCUGUCCCAGGAGGCACCUCCCCAGAGACCGCCACCCCAAAGGCCACCUCCACCACCUCCAUCCCCCUUCCUGGGGGUGGCCUGUGAUGUGGCCCCCACUGGCCCCAGCCUAAGUCUCGCUGCCCUUGACGCCUCUACCCACGACCACUUUGAGGACAUUGUGGUCCCCCCAGGGUUGCCGCCCACCUCGGGCCGCUCCUCCUCCUCCGGCCUCGGGCUCCCUCCACCCCGAGCUGCGUUCUGA